ACCAAAUCAAAACUUGGAGAAAUAUUUUAGAUGAAAAUGAUUAUUACGAUAUAGAAAAUCUUGAAGACGAAUCUUAUAAUCAAAGAGAUGGGAUAUGUUUUUUACUUGAUGUUCAACCACAUAUGUUCCAAACAAAGGAUGAUGCUAAAUCAUCACCCAUUUACAAAUCUCUUAAGGCCAUAAGAGAUUGGAUGCUGUGUGAUAUCAUAUCUAAUGAAAAAAAUUUAGUUUGUCUAAUAUUGUUCCACUCAGAAAAAACUAAGAACUCUAAUAAUUUUAAACACAUAUUCAUUUAUCAGGAGUUUGAUCAUUUAGGGGCAGAAAGUAUUAAGAAGAUAGAAAAAUUUAUGAAAGAUAUUGAAAAAGAAAUUAUCAAUUUCCCAUUUGGUCACCAUAAUAAAGACAACAAUUAUCAAGCCUCUAUAGCUGAAAGCCUCUGGAUAUGCUCUAAUCAGUUUAUACAUAGCAAAUAUAAAAUGGGACCGAAGAAGAUAUACAUAUUCACUUGUCAAGACAAUCCACAUUCAGAUGAUCCUCAUCUAAGGAAACAAGCGAUUCAACGAGCAAGGGACGCUAACGAAUCGGAUAUCGACAUUCAGCUGAUAGGCUUCUCCGAUUCACCCGACGGGAAAGGAACUGCUUCCGAUACUUUUGAUAUGUCCAAAUUUUACAAAGAACUCUUAACCCUGAACGAUGAGGAAGUCGAAAAUUAUCCCACGUCCGAAGAAUUGCUGGACGAAUUAGAGUCUAGGUUGCGAAUAAGAGAUUAUCGAAAGCGAGCCGUUUCGAAAUUACCGUUUAAUAUCGGGCCUACUACUAUUGUCGCCGUUUCAUUAUAUGCCUUGGUAUCUUCUACUAAAAUUCCUGCACCCAUAAAAUUAGACAAAGACACUCUGGAGGAAAUAAGAAAAGACUAUGCAAAAGUGGAAGACAAAGAGGGCGUCUCGGCUAUUGAAACGCCUAAAGAGAGGAGAUAUAUGGAGUUCGGCGGCGGCAAAAUCAUAUUCGACGUGGAGGAAAUUAAAAAUUUGAAAGAUUUUGGACCCCCGGGUAUAACGCUAGUCGGUUUCAAGCCAGCGUCAUUUAUCAAACCCUAUUGGUUCGUUAGACCAUGUCACUUCAUUUAUCCAGAUGAUAGUCGAAUAUACGGUAGUUCUAAAUUACUCCGAGUCCUAAUACUGAGAUGCCUGGCAAAGGAAGUGGUUGCUAUAUGUUCGUUGAUAUCAAGAAAAUAUUCGGUCCCUCGCAUGGUAGCACUUAUUCCUCAGCUUGAAGAUUUAAACUCAGAAGGUCUUCAAAUGGAACCCCCUGGUUUCCACGUGAAGUAUCUGCCCUACGCCGAAGAUUUUAGGAAACUCUCUUACCCGGACAAUUCGAAAUACGAAAUAAGCGAAAAAGUGGCUUCCGCGUCUUUAGAAAAAGCGAAAGAAAUAGUUCGACGCCUGAAAUUUACUUACAGCGUUACGAAUUUCGAAAACCCAGUACUACAAAGGCAUUAUAGAGUUUUAGAAGCUUUGGCCUUGGAUAGACCAUCCAUAAAAGCGGUCGAUAAAAAGCACGCUUUCGUAGAUUCGACCCUGCCAAAUUUUAAGAUCAUAGAGGAAAGAUUGGCUAAACCCGUGGCCGAGUUCAAAAAGAUUUUAAAUUUGCCAACGUCGCAAUCCGAAGAUGAAGAAACAGAGUCGGCUGGCUCUUCAAAGCGCAAACAGAAAGUCGAAUUGGAUAUUAAGAAGGAUCUCAGCCAUAUCAGGCAAUGUUACGAAAAUAACGAAUUUCCAAAAAUGACGAUACCAAUUCUCAAAGAAUACUGUUCUCUGCUCAAAAUUCAAAAAUCUUCUGGGAACAAGGCCAGUUUCGUCAAGACCCUGAAUACAUAUUUUCAAAAAUAUGAUAAAAAAUAAUUUAGUUAGUCAAUAUAUUAAUAAUAAUCGAUUAUAAAGUUAAUCAAAAUUUGUUAUUUAGUCAAUUUAUCUGUAGAUGAUAAAAAAAAAUCAAAUAGUCAUAUAUUAUUUUUAGCUUAUAUCGAUUAGGAAGAGAAAAAAAAAUUAGCCCCACACUACCUACUAUCAAGGGCAGUUUUUUUUAAAAAAGAAUUUUUAAAUGUUGAGAAUAAUUUCAUAAUUUUGUAGUUAUUUCGAUUUUAAAAAGACAAAUAUUUUGUCUGCCUGACUUUACACCACAUGAGGGUUAAUCAAUCUCCGUGUGGAUUAAAUUGUCAUGUUUCGUUUCCAAUCAUCUGAAUAGGCUUAAAUAAUGCACGAUUAAUACUGCAUAUACACACUUGUUUAAAAAUAUAUUUAUAUUAUUAUUUUUUUAACUAACGUUUUCCAAAUAUUAUAAUACAGUUUUAUUUUACAAAUAUUAUUAUGGCAUUAUUUUAUGUUAUACAACAAAAAAUAUAAAGUUCUGU